CACCGCCUGCACCGGCAAUGGCCGCGACUGCAAUGGUGGAGUUCUCGACGUGGAUCUUCAAUAUCAGCACAAAGAAGCAGGACGGCCGGAUUGCCCGGUGGAUUAGGGAUGGAACAGGGCAGCUCACGGAGGAAUCAGUGGAGGAAAUCAAGGUUUUGCGACUCGAUCAGGAGGUGGAAAAGACGGUUUUGCCUGGUGGAGACGGAGCCGAGACUGGUGGUGGCGACGUGGGUGGUACUCGGGCCAUCUCCAUUAAUCAAGAACGAAAGUUAGGGCAUCAUCCGAAAUCCGGCCCUUCAGAACCCGCCUUCAAGAUUCCGCCCUUAGAACUACCGACUCCGAUGGUGGCCCCGGUGUACCCUUUGAACCUCCCGUCGGAGAAGAUGAUCUUCUGGAACCUGGAGGAUGCAAAUGCCGACAAGCUCUACCUAUUUGCCCACAUGGCUUGGUGCGAGGAAUGUGGUAUCAUGAUCGGAAGCGGAUGGAAGGGGAGUGCGAGGAAAGCGAAAUGCGACCAGUGCAGGAAACGUGUAAGCCCAACCAAACUCGAUAAGCACAAGCUCCUGGUCCAUUGUCAAAAUCUGCUCCAAAAGCGCAUUUCCGGCAAGUUCGCAGACGCAUUAAAAAAGCACGCCGGCUUGGUCAACGCGCACGUUGUCGACUACGAGACCACCACAUCGAAAGCGCGCGUGCUCUGCUUCUGCUUAGGCCGCUUCUCUGCUCUGGGUUGCCGGGGAAAGGGAGCCCACCACCACCGAGAUACCUCGAUGCGAGUGUUAGAGUUCCUACUCACAACAACACUCCCAUCAACGCACUCCGUACUCGCCGCAUUUCGCGACAAAUGGGUAGCCCGCGCUGAAAUCUCCGCAUGCGACUACCUCAUCAUGGGAGCCGGCACCCAGGUGGACCCUCUCGACCGGCCGUACGUAUUGCAGAAUGGUCGGCUGCGUUUUCAGGCCCCAGUCAUCUUAUCCGAGCCUCGUGGCCUAAUGGGCAAUGGCACGCGCGUAUGAAUGCAUUUCUCGCAUAGGAUGUGAGGCUUGUCUCCCUUACAUGCAUGCAUGUAGGGGUCGUCUAUGUCCCCGGCGACGUGCCCAAACACGCCUUCGGGCGCAUCAAAGGGAGAUCUGCGGCCGGCUGAAGGCGCAAGUGGGCGCGGGGAGGAUCGAGUCGCGUGUGCCGCCAGUCAGGGAAAGCACGACGGGGUUGCGUGCGGGGCUGUACGGCUUGGAGAUUGACGGUAAGUUUCCGACGCGUAGUAUUUUAUUCUCAGGCCGGCUGUGGAAACGUGCUGUACUGGUUUUAGCCCCAAAGCAGAGCAAUGGCACUCGCUUAUGUAGGAAUUUCUAGCUUAGGAUGUGAGGCUUCUCUCCCUUAUAUGCAUGUAUGUAGGCAUUCAUUAUAUACGUAUCUCACAUUGGUUAAUGGCAACGUAUGUA